CGCUUACAAGUUAAGCAAAAAACCAAACACAGUAAUAAUACAGUUAAAACGACACCGUAACCAUCCCCUUAUAUAUGCUCUUCUCUCUCACUCUUAAUCCAUUUCAUUUUACGCAACCCACGAAUCUACCACUGUUGAUGGCGUCGCUCCCGGAAUUCGCCACCGCGGUCAUCAUCAUAAUCGCCUUCAUGCUCGCCGGAUACUCCGCAGCCAGGGAGCUCCGGCCUUCCGAUCACGGCCUCGUUUUCCAGACGUCGCCACCGGCCAAUUCUUCGCUGGAGAUGAGGUCCUUCUUCAACAACAGCAAGGGCUCUUCUUCGUCCGGCGUUUCACUUCGGAAUGCCACCGAGUCCCUGCCUCCGUCGUGGUGGACAUCAACCGGCGGCGGCGGCGGAAGAGGAGGCCACUUGGGAAGAGCGUUAAUGGUUGCCAGCUUAGUGUGUGGGGUGACAGGUGGCAUUCUGUUAGUGGCUUCGGGUUUGCUUUAUCUGUUUAAGAACCGAAAAAAGCAAAACCAAAACGAUUCGUUUCGCGCUGAUAAUAAUAAUAAUAAUAAUUACAAUAAUAAUAAUGCCAACAAGCUUCAGUUAGUGCGCAAUCUUUGAGUUCUUUUUUUCCUUUAUGUUUUAUCUUUAAUUUAAUUCCACAGUGAUUUAUCUACCUGUAUGUCAAGGUGAUGGGUAGUUGUGUAAA